AUAACGAGGGGCAGAUCUAGUUAACAUCCAGUGCCACCUUGAUAGUAACAAAGGCGAGUGGAAGUUCCAACUCUUCUGAAGCAACGAGUUAAAAGUUCUCAUUCUCCACUGUGAGCCAUUUUGCAGGGGCGGUCAUGACGCCGCUGAAAUGGGUGGUGGUGGCGGUGACGGUGGGAACGCUGCUGUUACCUGUGGUGUCUGAAGUGCCUUCCACCUGCGAUUGGUUGAUUCCAAGUGAAUCUGGCUGUGUCAAAAGCGCAGAAUGUAAAUCAUCCGGUGACAGCAUUAACAUCUAUGAAGACUGUGAAGUUGGAGGGGAACUUUUCACAAUAAAUGACACCAGUGUCUCCUUUGAUGGUGACUGUCCCUAUUCUUCUGGAACAAAGACAGUAAGUCUUAAAAAAAAACUCGACGCCGAGGAUCUAAACGCAAAUGAUUGUGAUAUGGUCGGUAGACCCAAACUCUACUUCUCCCCUGUAAAUAUCAACGAGUUUCCUCCAGAUCCAACCAGUGGCACUGUCCCUAUCACUGAAGUGACUGUCAAAGAGAAUGUGAAUUCCUAUGAGGGACCAAGUAUCUACUACAAAGAUGACGACUACGAUGAAACAAAAAGCUUAAGCUGUGAACAGAUUUCUGGGGACGAGCAUCUCUUCUCGCUGACGCCGGUUGAAGACGGGAACACUGUCAUCAAGACUUUCAUUUUCUCGGUAAACGAUAAACUGGACUAUGAGAGUAAGGUGUUCUACAAUGUGGAAUAUAAAAUAAUAAGCAAGGAUGAGAAGAACAACAUACUGUACACCACACAAACCUUUUUCGUGUAUGUGCAAGACAUGCCUGACAACAGACCUGUCUUCAGCAACAUAGUUCCCGUUUAUUCCCUCGAGGAAUGUAAGACAGAGGAUAACCUGUUUAGUGUGACGGCCCAGGAUAGAGAUGUGGGUGUUAACUACGCCAUCAAGUACAGCAUAGAAGAAGAUGGAGAUGGUAAUUAUUUCAUGAUUACUGAAACCACUGGGGAGGUAAGGAGGAAUAAAGACAUAGACCGUGAGAAACUCUUGGAAAACGGCAUCUCGUCCCUCUCGUUGACAAUCACUGCAAAGGAAUACCGGCCUAACGGCACGGAAGGGGAGAAACCUAACGACGUUCAGCAGAGAACCACCGUCAUCAUACUGGACUGCAACGACAACGAACCAAAGUUCAACAGCGAUUCAUAUGCAGUUGAAAUGGAUGAAUUGACUCAAGAUUCCCGUGACCAGGAAUUGAAUCUGGAAAUAGUAGUAUCAGAUAUGGAUGAGGGCAUCAAUGGCUCCUUCAAACUGACUACCAGUGAUCCUGACCACUUGAUCAUUGCUCCGGAGAAGGGAAAGCAAUCGGAGAAAGUUACCUUGACUGCCCGUUGGAAACCCAGUCAAAAUAACCUCUUCGACUACGAAGACAGGCAAGACAAAACCUUAGAGUUCACGAUAACAGCAACAGAGGACGCGAACAAGAGUCACACAAAUACCGCUAAUAUUGCCAUCACCCUGCAUGACGUCAAUGACUGUUUCCCAGUCUUUGAUAAACCUUCCUACGCUGUGAACGUGAGUGAAAUCACACCCAAGUAUUCUUUCCUGCUGAGUGUGGCAGCAGAGGACGGAGACAUCAGCGAAAAUUUCGGCACGCCAAGUAUCAGGUACAAACUCGAAUCCUCCUGCACCUACAAGUUUGAUAUUGACAGCGUGUCUGGAAAUGUGACCUUGAAUAAUGAACUGGAUUACGACGACGGAAGUGCUGACAGAGAAAUCCACUGCAACGUCAUGGCUACAGACUUAAAUGGAUCAGGUUUAACAGGCCAAUCAGAAAUCAUAAUCACUGUUCUUGACGAGGUGGACGAACCCCCUAUGAUGGACGAGAAAGAAAUUCUUAUGGCCGUUGAAGAAAAAAGUCAAGGAAAAGUGGUUGGUAGUUUCACCGUCACCGACUUGGACAACGACGCAGACAUUGACUUCAGAAUCCUAUCGCAUGUUUGUACGGGGGACAUAUCAACGCUGGGAGACAUUGACAAAUGGUUCGAAGUGGUGGUAGACGCUCGAAACCAUCCUAAAUACCGGGGGAUUGUGAACGUGAUUGGUGCUCCUGACCGUGAAACAUGCAACGAAGUCACCCUCACCAUCAUAGCAGUCGAUAAGAAUACUGUGAAAAACGCUGAUAACGCUACUGGUACUGUCAUCAUCACUAUCACGGAUGUAAAGGACGAGCUGCCUCAAAUCGUGGGUGACUAUACAAAUUUGAAUAUCGACGAGUUUGAUGAGCUCCAGCAACCACCCCCUCCAAAUAACGUCAAUAUCUUCACACUGACAGUGACAGACCCGGACGAAGGUGACACCAUCAACCUCAGCGUCAGCAAAGGAGGGAACAAAGUGGAGCUAUCACAAACAGAAGUGACCGUUGCCCCGGGGCAGCAGGCGCAGGUGCAAGUUAGGACGAAAAAUUAUGCUGAUAUCAAUCGGGAAGAGGAUGAAACCAUCGAAGUCGAAAUCGAGCUUACAAAUCCUACUAGACAAGAUGCAAAGAAAGAAAAUUUUAUCAUCAAGAUAAAUGACCUAAACGACAAGAUACCAACAAUAAAUUCACACCUAUGUGACAAUAGUUUCCCUCUUCUGGAGGACGAUGGAUCGGGGUCUGUUAACAAUACCCUCAUCUUCACUAUAACCGCAACAGAUGAAGACAUUGAAAGUCCUUACAACAUCGUGUCUUACUAUCUGAUGAAUACUCAAAAUCCCAACUCGAAAGACCAGCGGACACCUUUCAUGGUGGAUGCGACAACAGGACAAGUGACAGUGUUUCUGACUGAGGAAAAUACCCUGGAUCGAGAACGGGAUCUAGAUUGGGAGCUCAAUUUCAAGGCCCGUGACCAGUGUCAAGCCCCUGAACGAGAAGAUACGAACUGCGAGGUGAAUUCCAGUGAGCUGUGUAAGGUCACCAUCAUUGUAGGGGACGUCAACGACAAUAAUCCUCGAGACUUGACAUGGAAACCAGCCGACAAGUACCUUACGGUCGAUGACUUCCUCAAAAACGGCACGGAGCUCAAAUACAUACUGGAGGCAGAAGACGACGACAGCGGCACGAACGCCGCCCUCACUUAUGAGGUGCUCGGUACCUUCAGUGUCACAGAUGGAGAGGAUAAGGACCUGUUUUAUGCACUAAGCGACAGCGACACCUGCAGACUGCACGCCAAGACGAACUUUGAGGGCAUGAUGUUAACUGGAUGGUACUAUAUCGUGAUACAGGCAAAAGAUGGUGGAGGUCUGAAAACUGACUUCAAUGUUAGCUUACAAGUUGUUGACGGUAAUGAUCAACCUCCCCAAUUCACGCUGAGUGGGUGCGAGGGUGAAGAAGCUGACAACAUUAUCAGGAUGCAGGAAGGUGACUACCAACCAGGGGUGAACGGUACUCCCUCCAUCAUGCCGGUACGGUGCUUGAAGCCAAACGGAAUCCCCUUCAAGAUCAGAAUCACAGACGCAGACAUAGACCUCGAAAACAAAGAAGUGAAAGUGGAGAUCGACAUAUCGAACUCCACUGUCGAAAACGCUAAAAAUGGAAACGCAGAGGAACAACUGAAGUACUGGAGCCUGGAUCAAAGCACGUGCAUGAUGAACUGCGACGUUCAGCUUUAUCUUUCACACGAGAUUGACCGAGAGAAGGGAACAGCAUACAAUCUUUCUCUGCAUGCCAAAAACACGGAUCAGUCAUCACUUCAGGAGAGCUGGACUAUGGUGCGGGUGGUAGUGACCAAUAGAAAAGAAUAUGAUCCUUAUUUCUGUUUAGAGGGAAACUGCUCCUACGUUGUGUACAUGCCCGAAAACGAGCCUAACGCUGAGGUAUUCUUCAUGGAAGCGACAGAUUUGGAUAACAUCGACACAGGUGAAGAUGAUGAUCCGGUUGAAGAAGUGUUCUAUUUCAUCAAGGGGGGCGAUACUAAUUACUUCAGCAUCUACAGUAAUAGGCAGAACAAAAUUAUCCUACGCAAUAAGCCUAACGGUCUGGACAGAGAAGACCCUAUAUCAAGUUAUUCACUUAAAAUCCUUGCCACUAACGAUCCAUCAGGAUCAAUUGCACCAGUGAACUCGUCCAGCUUUCUCCAUCUGGUCAUCAGGGUGCUUGAUAAGAACGACGUCGUGCCGAACUUCAAGACGGACGUGAUUUUCACCAGUUUCAUGGAAACCGAUACUAUCGAAAAACGCUUGACCGUUAUCGAGGCAGAGGACUUGGAUCUCAACGAAACGCUGACGUAUACCAUGCUGGACGACGUACAGUGGCAUGACAUGGAUGUCACGCCUCCUGCGACAUCAUUCACAAUUGAGCGAAAGGACGCGCGCUCAUGUUACUUGAAGCUGGACUUCGACCCUAAGGCAGUGACGCAAGGCUACUGCAACUUUACUAUCCAUGUGGAAGACGCAGGUAACCACGCAAACACGGCGCAGGUCAAAGUGUACAGUAUCAACGACGACUUCAAGGUGGCGAUGUACUUUUCAAACGAAGUGGAUGAAGUCAAGAACAAGGAAAAUGAGAUCGAGGCGGCUUACACAGAAGCCUAUGGGUACACGUGCGUCAUCGACAGCAUCACGACUACCCAGACUUCCUCAGGCGAGACUCUUGCCAACGAAACCACCGUCUACAUGCACUUUAUCGACGACGAGAAAAACAAACCAGUCGAAAAGGAGAAAAUUCUAGAGCUGUCCAGCAAUGCAGACGUGAUGCGGAAACUGUAUCAGGAGCUCAAAGCAAAUGGCAUCAUUCUAGAUUCCGUGGAUAAAUACCAGCCGCCGGAAGGUGGAAAGUCUGCGGAGGACCAGAUUCUGACGCUAAAGAUUCUCCUGGUUGUUGUGAGCCUAGUUCUGGGUUGCCUCCUGCUGCUCCUCAUCAUCGUGUCCUGGAUACGCACCAGAAGUUUGAAGAGAAAAGUAAAGGUUCUCUCCACAAACACAUUUGGGUCCAAGGAUUCGGGUCUCAAUCACAUGGGACACGACGUGGUCCCUGGCAGCAAUCUUGCGCAGUUACAUGGGAACCAUAACCCAGUUUUCAGUGAAGACGGUGCCUUAGAGUUAAAAAUCCAAGACACGGGAAGCAUAAGCAGCGGAGACUCUGAAUUGAUCGGAGUGGAGGACAACCCAGAGUUCAAGAGUUACUCCGCUAAGGGAGCACAAAACUCUUCUUCAAAGGGUUACGAGAACCCUUCCUUUGGCCGCUCCAUCGACCAGGUGUCUGCUCCGGUCCCAGGUGUCCAGGGUGGCGUGAAAGGCAACCCACUGCUCAACUUCAGCGGUUUACAAGACUCACCGAGGCCCUCCACUAACUCUCUGGAGCGCCAGGUCUUCGGGGACCCCGAGGAAUCAGAGGGCGACGCAGCGUCUCUUGACCAAAAGAUAAACUCCAACUUCUCUUUCUCUUGAAGAAACGGAUACAAAGUUUGCAGCGUUGCACUGGUUGACAUUGAAGAUGCCAGCCAAUCCUCGUGUGCGGCUGUUUUCACUUCUAUCAGACAGAUUAUCUUUUUCUAUUGUUUUUUUAAUACAGAUUUACCAAUAACAAGUUUAAAACUAUAUUCAAGCUAAUGUUUAUUCAUCGAGGAGACACUUUUCAGCAAACUAUACACGAUAUCUAGUAAAUAUUGUAGUAUGCUUUAUUACAACAGAGUGAGAAUGAAUGGACAAAAUACUGACAUUCACGUCUUUUUGUCGCUUGUCGUGAGUGCCACGAACUGUAGAAUGAUAAGUUAGAAAGUAAAGGGAUAGCGGUCAGUGGUUAGAGAACAAUAAACAUUAGCGGUAGGUGUAAGACAAUGAUGAUGAUGAUGAUGAUGAUGAUGAUGAUGAUGAUACUAAUAAUAAAAAUAAUAAUAAUAAUAAUUUCAUUACUACUAUUAACAACAGUAUUGCAACUGCUUCCAUUACCACUAUCAUCAUCAUUAUCAUUACUGCUACGGCUAAAAGCACUACUUGUGAUAGUACUGCUAGAACUAAUUAUUGUAUUACUGCAACUGCUAUGGAUGUUAUUUUGACUAUAAUAAUAAUUUACGUACAGUAUAAUUCACUAAGAGGAAGUACCUACUUAUAUUAAUAAUAUAAUGCCAUGUACCAUUA